AUGGAAAGGAAUGGAACCUUCAGGAACUCCUUCUAUGCAAUAGUUAUCGUGUUCUCGCUGAUUGUUGCGGUGAGCAGCUGUUGCAGGCUCACCUAUGAGUUCGUUAUAGCUUUUACUGAUGUGCAGUCCAAGGGGCUAAACCGUUAUGCAGCGUUUUCCUCACCAUCUCUCUACGAACGACUAUCGAAAAGGAAGACGAUGCGGUGUGUUCUUCUUGGGCUUGUUGUGUUUUCCAUAAUGGACGCAAUUCUGAUAUACAACAUAGGUGGAUUAAAGAGAGCUUUCGAGGAAGAUACCGUGGUGGAUUAUGCUAGCGAAGUUGUUUUAUUUCAGAGUGGUAUGGUUAUCUUCCAGGUGUCGAACUAUAUAUUCCACGCGCUUCCUCUCGUUUCGUCUGUUUUCUACAUAGCCGCAUAUUUAUCUCUACGUUCAAAAAGAGAAGACGCUAUCAGUAAUAACACAAUAUCCCUUUUGGACAGCGCGCCGAGAAAAUUACGUUAA